AUGUCUCAGCAACAAACAGCACCUAAGCCUUCGCUCCAGGGGGUCCGCAUCAGAGCCAGGAAAGGUGCUGUAAAGGCACACGCAAAGCACGAACCCACCGUCUUCCGAGACCAGCUUCUCAAACACCUCGAAACUGUUCCCGAAAACGACUUUGAAGGCUUUACCAACAAACUUGUCCAAGCUGGUUCCACACUCGAGUACCUGAAGUAUGCAGAUGUUCUUUUCGAGAUCCUCCUCGUCGGCGGCUUGCUUCAGCCCGGAGGCAGCUACCUCGAUGAUGGCGCGCCGAUCUCUCCGUUCUCGAUUGUCCACGCCAAAGAGCCCGUGGAAGUCGCAGACAUAAAGCAGUAUGUUGAAGUACUGAACAAGCUCAUCAGGAGAUACAAGUACCUCCAGAGACCUCUAGAGGAUACUUCCCUCCCUACCCUACUUCAGUACCUGAACAGAUGGACCGAUGCACAGAAGGAGAAACUAGCUAUCGCCACGGCCCUUCUGAUGUCACAAGGCCUGGCCAGUGCCAGCUGUUUGCAGAGUCUUACGAAGGAUCAUCUCGUGAAGAACGAUGUUGCGCUCAACGCCAUCACGACAAUCUUCCGUGCCUACCUCACGGAUCAGGCCAUGGACCACCUCGCCGGUGCCCUGCGGCGCGGCGGGAUCAAGGACCUGACGCUGUUCUUCCCACCAAACAAGCGCGACGAUAAAAUACUCGACGCGCAUUUCCGCCAGGCGGGCCUCCCGCAGGUGGCGGAAUGGUGGACGAAGCGCCAGUACGCGUCCCUCAAGGAGGGGAUCAUUAAGACGCUCCGGGAGAUGCUCGAGCAGGGCGUACCCCAUGUCGAAAUCGUGGCUGCUAUCAAGACUCGUCAGGAGGAACAGCCCCUGCCUGACACGGAGCUGGUGCAGUGCAUUUGGCAGGGCCUGAUAGCCUCAGUCGAAUGGUCGGCUCGCCAGGACCAGAAUGAAGCGCUCGCGCUUCGUGAGAUAAGCGGCUUCGCGGAUAUCCUCGAGCCGUUCUGCAAUGGGGCGAAGACCGAGGUCGCUCUCAUCAACAUCGUCCAAGUAUACUGUUACGAAGAUACGCGCAUCAUCAAGGCAUUCCCGCAGAUUCUGAAGGUUUUGUACAAUAAGGACUGUAUUUCUGACCAGGCUAUUAUCUAUUGGCACCAGAAGGGAGCGAAGCCGCAGGGCAAGCAGCACUUCCUGCAGGCGGCGGCACCACUCGUCAAGUUCUUGCAGGAGCAAGACGACAGUGAGGAAGAAGAGUAA